GCUAUCAGCCCUCCUCACAAGUAUGUUAAAUCUAAAAGCAACCAGCAGCAAGAGAAGUCAGUUGCAGCAUCUUCAUUUCCAUUGUAGCUCAUUCAAAGAGUAAAGGCAUGACCAGCGGUGAUCCCAAGGAGUACCUGGCGAGAAGAGAGAUCCCACAGCUAUUUGAGGGACUUUUGAAUGGAUUAAUGUAUUAUAGACCAGAUGAUCCAGUAGAUUAUUUGGAAAACUGUUUGCAGAAAGUGAAGGAAUUGGGAGGCACAGAGAAAGUAAGAUGGGACACUUUUGUAGGCCCUGACAAGAGGAAUUUACCCCCACUCAAUGGUGGACAAGCUAGACGAUCAUUUUUCAGAAAUGUUAUGCCAGAUGGAGGUAAUUUCCCAUAUCGUCGCUAUGAUCGAUUGCCACCUAUCCAUCAGUUCUCCAUAGAAAGUGAUACAGACCUUUCAGAGACUGCAGAGUUGAUUGAAGAAUAUGAAGUCUUUGAUCCUUCCAGACCUCACCCAAAAAUAAUACUUGUCAUAGGUGGUCCUGGCAGUGGAAAGGGAACUCAGAGCCUGAAAAUAGCAGAGCGCUAUGGCUUUGAAUACAUAUCAGUGGGCGAGUUGUUAAGAAAGAAGAUCCACAGCACAAGCAGCAACAGAAAAUGGAGCCUAAUUGCUAAGAUAAUAACAACAGGCGAAUUAGCUCCACAGGAAACCACCAUUACUGAAAUAAAGCAAAAACUAAUGCAAAUUCCAGACUCUGAAGGCAUCGUUAUAGAUGGAUUUCCUCGAGAUGUAGCUCAAGCUCUCUCCUUUGAGGAUCAAAUCUGCACCCCAGAUUUAGUGGUGUUCCUGGCCUGUGCCAGUCACAAGCUAAAAGAACGCUUACAAAAACGUGCUGAGCAACAAGGGCGCCCAGAUGAUAAUCUCAAAGCUAUCCAGCGGAGACUGAUGAAUUUCAAGCAGAAUGCAGUCCCGUUGGUCAACUACUUCCAGGAAAAAGGUCUCAUCAUCACAUUUGAUGCUGACAGGGAAGAGGAGGAAGUGUUCUGUGAUAUCAGUGCUGCCGUUGACAAUAAGCUGUUUCCUGCAAAAACGCCUGUGGCAGAGCCAAGUGAGCUUGAUCUUAGCCUAAUUAUAGACAGUGGGGACACUUGUGAUUUGGAGCUAAAUUUCGAAGAUCAGAGGCACGAGCUGAUGCAACCUUUUGGAGAUGACUGCCGGCUAAGAGAAGAGCUGAAGAAGGCAAAAGUAAUUUUUGUACUAGGAGGCCCAGGAUCUGGCAAAGGAACCCAGUGUGAAAAACUAGCACACAGAUAUGGAUUAUCACCUCUGGCAGUCAGUGAGCUUCUACAGAGUGACCUUGCAACCUUUACAGAGAGAAGCAAACUCAUCAAAGAUAUCAUGGAGCAUGGUGAUCAGGUGCCAAUGGAUAUUAUCCUUGAAAUCGUUAAAGAAACGAUGUCCUCUUGCCUUGGGAACUCAAAAGGAUUCCUUUUUGAUGGAUUUCCACGUGAAACCAAACAAGCAGAAGAAUUUGAAUGCAAGAUCAGCAAACCAAACAUUGUGCUGUACCUGGAUUGUUCUGCCGAAACUAUGACCAGUCGUCUUCAGAAGAGAAGUAAGGCCAGUCAUCGGAAUGAUAUCAACACAGAAACCAUCAGAAGGAGGUUGGAGGCAUACUACCAAGCUAUCAACCCCAUAAUUACAUAUUAUGACAGAAAAUCCCUUUUAUAUAAGAUUAAUGCAGAGAAAUCUCCAGAAGAUGUUUUUCUCCACAUCUGCUCAGCUGUGGAUUCUGUUUUCUGAGGGAGAAGAGAUAGAAAUGUGUACAUAGUGUAUAUUCAUAUUCCAGUUCUAUAUUUGUGAAUCAAACACUGAAAUCUGCUCUCCUGGCUGUCGCAUGGUUUACAUUAAGCAAUUAUUUUACAACUAAAUAAUAAUUCAUCUAUAAAAAUAAAGAUCUCUAUCACUUUGUUAUAUAUACAGUAUAUAUAUAUAUAUAUACACACAGUAUAUAUAUAUAUAUAUAGUACUACAAAGUCGAUUUCAAGCAGAGAGAGUACUUCCUAUUUAAAGCUUUAAUAGAAGAUGAAGCACAGAGGGGCUCAUUUAGUAACACCGGACAAAUUAGCCCAAGGACAGUUACCCUUAGCAACCAAUUAGCUUGGAUACAAAUACAGCAGGAUGAAUAAUAAAAGCAAAUCUCCAAUUGUUAUUGGUGACGACAAUAGAGCAAAUUUUCCUAGUUAGUAAAUGAACCCCAGCGAGACUUCAACUGGCCCAAGGUGAUAACAUGGGAAUCAAAUCUGGGCUUCCAUGUGGCAAAAUCCAAUAUCUGAUAAGAUACUCCACUCCCCUGAAUGUAUAACUUUACAUAAUACUGUCAUUUUGUCCCUCACAUGCAUAAUACAGAAAAAGAGAUUUCAUUUGGGAAAAUUAAUUUCUUGCAGGCUUGUGCACCAGAAAGCAUAUAAAAAUGCAAACCAAAACUGACAACGGGUAUGAAAUAAGCCCUAGCAAGGACAGCCUGAUGGACUAAAUUCAGAACGUUGUUCAUUUCAGCCUGACAACAUAGGGUUCUUACACAAGGUUUCUUUGUAUACAUUAUAUGCUUUAUACGUCAAGUAGUGUUUAUGCAAGUUCAAUAUGUAUCUCUGUUGCAUGCUGCAAGUGUAAAAAUGCAGCAUGUAACACAACUACACUACAAAAUAAACUCAGCUGCUGGUAGGUACAAUCAGGAACAUUAAAAUGCAAUCACUUGGCCUAUGCCUUUAGGUGCACUCAAGCCUGCAUCUCAAACGCAUUUAAAACAUGCAAAGAAUGCCUGCGUGCAAGAACCAUUAAAGAUGUAGUGAAAAGUGGAGCCUUUUAAAUAUCCUCACACCAUAAUCUACUAGGCUUUGUCACUACAAAGUUGCCAGAAAUAAGAUGGGCUACAUGGCAUACUGAGUAGCUAAGUAGCAGUCUACCAAGAUACUAGCAUUCCUACCAUUUUUAGAAAGCACCUGAGGCAGUAAGGCUAAAGAAAAAUAAUUAUUACAUUAUAACAAGCAGCAGUGGGGCUAAUUAAUGUAUGUACAGUUACCCAUGGCAGCCAAUUAUACAUUUGUUUACAUUUCUGUAAAACCUGAAUUGGACUCAUGAAAACCAAAUGCUGAUGAGUUUGUUCAUAAAUGGAUCCCAUGGUUUAAAUAAACCAGUCUAAAGUGUAACUUGUUUUUGUUUGGGCAUUCCUGGUUGGUGCUAGCAAAAUGAUUGACAUGGGGGAAACACAGCAAUUGCUAGAGGAAAAUACUACAGCUGUAUACUACCCAAAAAUAGCACCACUGCUUUGCUAAACAAAAAAUAAAACGUUUAUAACAAAAAGCAGAAAAUGCUAUUUUUUUGUCUAUCCAACCUGUGAUUUUUUUUUUUAGUAGUAAAAAAAGCCAGUUAACGGUGGCAUGGCAGUCAUUGCAUGGUACACUAUUUUCCCUAGAUCAUACAGCAUGGCUUCUGAUAUCAAACAGGCGGCCAUCCCUUUGGCAACUGGACAUUUAGAAUGUGGAAUACCAAAUGGGAAUAUGACUGGAAGAUGUGCAAACUGCUUUGUCCUGUUUAAUAACAUACAUGUUCUCACUUCAAUGAAAUUACAUGUCAAUAAAUGUGCAUGUCAAAAAAAAUCAAUGCCGUGUACCUAUAUCUUGUACUCUAAUGAUUGCCUACUGUGUGACUCUAGAUGAAUAUUCAAAAUGUUUUACUGUAAGAGUGGUAUUGUUACCAAGCAACAUCAUUGGUGAGGUUUCUCCAUUAACCCAUUAUUCACAAAGGAAUGUAGCUUGAAAAUUGCUGAUAGGAAAAAAAAUGUAGCCCUGUGAUCCUAUGUAAGAUUCCAGUCACAGCAGUGUUUGCAAGGAGCUCCUCCCAAACUCCAAAACCAUGCAGGAAGGCGAUUGAGAUUGUAAGCUCCACUGGAGCAGGGAAUGAAAUAUGCAUUUUACUUGCUAUAAAGCAUAACAGAAUAUAGCUGUGAACACACAUAUACUACAUAAACAAGACCAGCAUUUAAUAUGGAUAUUAGGAAUCACCUGAAAAUGAAUUGAAUGACCUAAUAAAAGUAUGGCCAAGGAACUCCUUGGUGACUUCCAGUAACUAAUCAGGUAUACUUCCCUGUACGAUAGUGCCAAGAGUGUUCAUUCUAACAUUUUCUGUUAGGGAAUUUAGAUGUAUAAAUCGCUUAUAUAAAAGGCAAACUGCCUUGCUGUUACAGAUAGCUUAUUAACCCAUCAAGAGAGAUACUGUGAACUGGAAAGCAGCAGCUGAGAUUUUAAUUGGUAGGGAAGUUUCUACCCUACGAUGGGGGAAUGAGGAUGGGGAU